GUUGAUAAAAUUGAGGGCGAGGCGCUUUGAAUUGAUUAGUGAUCGGUGGGCGCUGGGUUUCAGUCAGCCUCAGCAGAUUGCGGCAGUUUGGCAUGUAUAGAAGAAACGGAGGAAUAUAUGAGGGAAGUUUACAGGAAAAUUCUGGAAUUCAAGGGACAAAUUCUUCAUCUGGGGCCAAUCACUCUUCACCCUCGCUACUCGAAUGCUUGCUAAGCUGAAACUAAAAGGGGGAGCGAAAUGAGUAGUGUUACUCAUGAGAGUGCAGAAAUGAACAAUGGCAUGAAGAACCAAGAGAAUCAUAAACAGCAACUGUCCAGAGAUGUCACGCUGGGAAGUGAGUUAUGGACAGAUGGCCUGCUUUGUGCCUUUGAAUUUGUCCGUGGCCAACGGAAGACAAAUGAAUCAAGAUCCACUUUUAAAAAUCACUCUGCACGACAUUAUGCUGCCAGGGAACCUAAAAAGCCACCACUAUCUAAAAGUCGAGCGAGUUAUUCCUCACCCCAAGAUGUCGACAAGGAUCAGUUUAUAGAACCUUAUUAUACAGAGUCUGGAUAUGUUGACAUUGAGAACCCGCAUGUCCAAGGUUAUCAACAAGAUUAUCCUUAUAAUCCCCGAGAAAGGUCUUCUGGUAAUUACUGGAUACCAAUAGGCUGGGCUAGAAUAUCUGAGCUGCUUCAGACAGUGCAUGUUGAUACUGAUUGGGCCUCUCAGCCUGUUGAGCUUACCGAUGAGGAAGAUGAUGUCACUGUAGCAGAUGUUGCAGCUCCAUACUGGGAACGCCCGGUUGGACCAACUUGGUGGUGUCAUGUAGCUGCCGGUCACCCUUUCGUCAAUGCAUGGUUGAACAAUGCUCAGUGGCUACAUCCUGCCAUAAGUAUUGCCUUGCGAGAUGAAAGCAAGCUGAUUAGUGAACGUAUGAAGCACCUUCUCUAUGAGGUGCCGGUUAGAGUUGCUGGUGGACUACUAUUUGAGCUCUUGGGGCAGUCAGUUGGUGAUCCUUUUAUUGAAGAAGAUGAUAUACCAGUUGUUUUACGAUCAUGGCAAGCACACAAUUUCUUGUUAACUGCAUUGCAUGUUAAAGGAUCUGCAUCAAAUAUCAACGUGUUAGGUAUUGCAGAAGUUCAGGAGCUACUCGCUGCGGGCUCUUGUAAUGUCCCACGAACAAUUCAUGAGGUUGUAGCACUCCUAACUUGUCGCCUGGCCCGGUGGGAUGACAGGUUAUUUCGGAAGUAUAUUUUUGGGGCAGCUGAUGAAGCUGAACUAAAGUUCAUGAACAGGAGAACCUAUGAAGAUAUGCACUUGUUCAGUAUAAUUUUGAAUCAAGAAAUUAGAAGGCUUUCAACACAGGUUAUACGGGUAAAAUGGUCUUUACAUGCAAGAGAGGAGAUUGUAGUCGAGCUUCUCCAACAUCUGAGGGGAAAUGCUGUAAGGAGUUUGCUUCAAGGAAUACUAAAAAGUACAAGACAGAUGAUUGAAGAGCAAGAAGCGGUUCGUGGCCGCUUAUUUACAAUUCAGGAUGUCAUGCAGAGUACCGUCCGCGCAUGGUUACAGGGAAUUAUGGCUUUGUGGGGAGUUGGGGACAGUACACUCAAUGGCAGAGCUAACUUGAGGCUUGAUCAGAGCCUUCGUGUCCAACAUAAUCUAGGUGUAUUUGGAGGCUGUGGACUUGUUCUUUCUAUUAUCACCGGGCUCUUUGGGAUAAAUGUGGAUGGAAUUCCUGGAAAUGGGGGUUCCCCAUAUGCAUUUGCCUUCUUCUCGCUCGCUCUUGUCUUGCUAGGAGCUGUGUUGAUAGCUAUUGGAUUGAUCUAUCUUGGAUUGAAAAAACCAGUAAUGGAGGAGCAGGUCGAGGUUAGAAGACUAGAGUUACAAGAACUCGUCAAGAUGUUCCAGCACGAAGCUGAAUCGCAUGCUCAGGUUCGAAAGGAUGCUUCAGAAGCUAAGAUGCCAGCCGGUGCUACAGGUUUAUUAUCAGAUGGAGAUAAAUAUGUCUUAAUUAGUUGAUCCUAACAUUUUUUGUCUAAAUACUGCAUCAUGAUGAGAACUUGGGAAAGAUUUUGUUUGUUGUCACUAGUGGUAAAAGGGGGAAAAGAAACACCAUGCUUCUUAACUGUAUUGACAGGUUAGUUUUUACAUAUGUUGCGCCGGACACUCUAAAAGUGUUGCGGCACCCGUGUUGUAUCCUCCAAGAAUCCAUUGCUUUUGGAGCAUCCGACAUACAUCUAACAAUAUUUUGAAGAGUUCGAGCAACAUAUGUUGUUACAACUUGA